UAAAUGUGGACCAAGAUUGUCAUCAGAUGCUGCAGAAAAAUUGAAAAGUCGAUAUGUGUUAAUGAGAAAUGGUGCCCGUGAACAUGAACAAACAAUAAAAAAGAAAUCAACCAUUCCAAUCACUAUAAGACAAUUGGAAGCCAUCAUUCGAAUUGCUGAAUCAUUAGCAAAGAUGCAACUCCAACCAUUUGCAACAGAAGCUCACAUUGAUGAAGCUCUUCGCCUGUUUCAAGUUUCUACGCUGGAUGCAGCGAUGUCAGGAACACUUGCUGGUGCAGAAGGAUUUACAUCUGAAGAAGAACAUCAAAUGCUGGUAUGCAUUGAAAAACAGAUAAAGAGAAGAUUUGCCAUUGGAUGUCAGGUGUCAGAAUUCAAUAUACUUCAAGAUUUUUUAAAACAGUUGAGUUUUGGUUCAGUUCAAUUUAAUAAAUCUUGA